AUGACCAAGAGCCUCCGCAGCAAGAUCUACAUCGAUGAUGCUGGCUGGGGUCCCCAGGCCGAUUCAAUCGAGUAUGGGUACCGGGUCCCCUUCAGUGGAAUCCAAGUCUUCAUCGUCAAGAUUGGCGAGUCAGAGCCUACGCCAGACGCCUGCACCAACACCAUUGAAACGGCUCGGUGCACAAGACCCGCCAAGGUCCAACCCAUCCGGAAGUGUCCUUUCGUUGGCUUUGUUCACGGGGAAGAUCUUGAGGAAGGUUCUAUGUCAGGCGGAGAGACGACCAUGUAUUCAGGUGAGGAGUCUUCAACCAGCGAGACCGAAUCAAUCUAUCAGCUGCAAGACGGCGGGCUUGGGGGCUGUUCUGAUGGUGACAGUAUUUCGGACUCCUAUGAGCCACCGAGCAGGGUUGCUAUCACUGCUCAGUCGAGCCUCGCCGACCCGUUCGACUACAAUGGGGGUGAGCCCCAUCCGCCCUCCUCUCUCUGCCCCCUACGCAUCGCCGUCGCCGCCGUUCACGCUCACUGCCCGGUGGCCACGCACGCACCUCGCCCGCGCGUCCCGCAUGCCCUGGCCUGCUGCCGCCCCACGCUCCGACCGAGCCCGCCUCGUCGCGCGCACAGCUCCCCACCAUCUGCUCCGGCCGCGCUCCCGGUCACUCUGGCCUUCCCCGCGCGCGCCCGCAAGCGCCUCCCCCCACUCGCGUCUGCCGUUGCCGGCGCCGCCCGCUGCGACCGCAACCCGCGCCCGCCGCCGGCGAACGCCCUCGCCGGCCACGCGCCCCGCUCACCUGCCGCAGCUCCCGCGGCCGGCCGCGCCCCCUGGCCACGCGCCAGGCCCUAG